UUUCUUGUUUCUCCUUCUCCUUCUCCUUCUUCCCUAGGCAACGCAUAACCAUCCAACUCAGUCGCAUUACCUGACUUUUCCAUUUACACUCAUUCUUCUCCCCCUUCCCAUCGCAUCCCCUUGCAGCGCAGAUAUCGUCACUCGUUUACACAUUUUGCGCAAAGUAAUCGCGGACAAUCGAAGACGCUACAGGCAUACAAUCUGAGUACGAUGAAGUCUCCUACCAACAUCCUUGUGGUGGCACUUGGAGCUGCUGCUGGAGUAGCCAACGCUCAAGGCUUAGUUACCAAUUGCACCUGGCAGACGGGCUUCAUGUCAGGCAGCUUCCUCGGCAUGUACUGCAACAACAACAACUGGGCCGAGUACAGCUACGACUGGACCUGGCUUGACACCAACCUCUGCCUAACCAACUACGGCGGCAAGCUCUACCCCUAUAUUAGCGGAAGCUAUUGGUCUACGUGCGGCAACUGUGCGGUGCGCGGCAGCAACGUAAACUACAUGCUGACUUGUGACUGUCUCGACGCUGACGGUCACUUCACCUCGACCAACUACGACCUCAACCGUGUUGUGUGGAACCACGAUGGUGUUCUGGGAUGCUUCAACCACAUCGGCAACAAGACAGAAAAUGGUCCAUUCUAGUUUGGAAUUAUAACAUAGUAUUGUACCCGAAGACCCUACACAGCUGUACAUAAUAUGGGUCUACAAUAAGUGAAGAUCAUAAGCUCUCACCGAC